GUCCUUUUCGCUGCAAUGUAAUUAGAUUUACAAAGGGUUUCUUAUCUCUUUCAUCCAUUUAAAUUCUCCUGCUUCGUAAUCCUGAAUGGCCUCAAACAUUCAUAGUGCCAAAUAAAGCUCUUAUAUUUUGGAGAUCAAAGUAUGGAUUUCAGAAAACUGGUGUUUCUCAUGCUCUGUCACUGAAAUUCAUCUUGGAUUGCCAGUGCCAAUUCAGAGAGCAGUAUUACUGUAGUAGUUACCUGUGAAAAUUAUUUGAGAUGCUUAAUGCCAAAGCAAUGCAGCAGCCAAAAGAAUCAGUUGAAGUGACAAGUUUAUUCAGCCCUCGUGAUGGAACCUGGCAGUCGAAGGACUCUUGUAUUACUGUCAGCUUAUCCAUGAUUGGUUUGCGACUUCGAACAACUGCAAAACCCUUCCUUUUCAGUGGCACUUUUUGACAUCAAAAACCUUGUUUCAAACAGUAAGUAUCAUAAUCCUUUUCUCCUUCCACUUUCCUCUGCACUCAACUAUUUAUUAGCAAAACUGGAAUGAGAUUGAGGUAAUGAGUUGUGUCCAGAAGCUCUUUUGAAACGAUGAAGGUAAGUUUAAUAUGCAUCUGAUUUUGUAGACAGCGAGACAAUAGUGAAGAUGUUAACCAUUGUUUCUAUUUGAACUUCCUCUGAGACUCCUUUCAGCCUCGUAUUGUUUAGAUCAUGCAGUUGUGGUAGGAUUGAACAAGUGAUGACAUCCACCAGUUUAUGGAGCGAAGUAUCAAUCUUUAGCGGAUAAACUUCCUCUGAGAUAGAGAGGGCGACGAUUAUUAUAUUUUUGGAAAAACUUUAAAUUGGUCCCUCUACUACAAAUAUGGUUUCAAUUGGAUAGUUAAAGUAUAAAAUCAGGCAAGAUUUAGCCUAAAAUAGUCAAAUGUCUACUAGUGUUAUUUCUUCACAUGAUUCUGUCACAUCCUUCAUGCACGUCUUUUUUUUUUUGCGCCAAAAUUAGUGCCGUUUACUUAGAAAUUCAAUUAUAAUCACAGAAUUUCUAAGUGCUGUUAAAUUAAAUCAUGCAAUGUUGUGCAGAAUUAUUUCCUAGCAAAAUACAAGAAAUCAAGAAAACCAUUGAAAUUAUGAAUUUAUUUGUUCAAACUUGCAUUUAAAUUUUGAUUUUGGCACUAAAAAGUAGUUCAAUUACAAAAUUAAGCAAUGCAUUGUUUUAGGUUUUUCUUUAAAAAAAUAAUGAAUUAAUAUCAUCUUUUUAAAAAUACAUUUUUACCCUUAUAGUUUCCAAUAUUGUACUUUACAACUAUAAGUUUUAAUUUUUACCUCUGAUAAUAAAUAAAUAACAAAAAAUAACCUUUUUAGUUUUUAAAUUUUAUUUUAUUUUUCUUACUUCUCUCCCACUUUCUCCCUCUAAAAUAUGUUAUAUAUCUCACAUGAACAUUUAAAAAGACCCCAAAAACCAAAUUAAAAAAGUUACUUAUUAAAUGAUUAAGGGCAGCGAAAACUAGAAGGGUAGUAUUGAUAAAUUUAAAAAUAGGGGUAGGAAUGAUAAUUAUUACGAGCUUAAAUAAAUAAAAGUGACGGGGGAUGAAAUUAUAUGAUAAUUAUUUUUAUUGUAAUAUUUAUUUAAUUAUUAAGAUUAUACAAUGAUUUAUUGAAUUUAAAAAUCCUAAUUCUAGUUGGAUUCUAUUAUUCACGAAGAGUUCUUUUCCUGUAAGGAUUCUAGCGCUAUUAUAAAGGGGUGUCUAGCUUUUUUUUUUUUUUUUAAUUAGAGAUCAUUAUUCAGAACUUUCCAAGCAAAUUAAGUACUUCUUUCUUCUAUAAACUGCGUCACAAACUACUACCAUGCGUGAAAGUGAUCAUGAGAUCGAUGCCAAAAGCCUGAAGCAGAAGAAGUUACCGAACAACAUGGAUGAGGAAAUGAAUAUGAUAGAAAAUCUGCCAGAGGCCAUGCUUCUGCACAUCUUGUCUUUCCUUCCGGCAAAAGAUGUCCUCAAAACUAGCAUAUUAUCUAAGAGAUGGCGACAUCUAUGGAUGUCUGUUUCCAAUCUUUACUUUGAAGAAUGGAGACCUGAUAAAUUUGUGAUGUUCAUGAAUUCUGCAGAAAGGGCGAUGAUGUGUCGUGAUGUUCCAAGAAUUGAGAGAUUCUCUCUCUCAAGUCAUAUGUUAAAUAGUGCAUGUAUUAAUGCACUGAUAAGUAAUGCACUGAGCUUUAAAGUGCAAGACUUUUCACUUCGCCUUGUCUAUGUUGGUGUGCCAAUAUUGUUACCUCAUCACCUUUUCUCUUGUCCAACACUAACUGUUCUGAAUCUAGAAGAAGUUACUCAAUUUCCUUGCACUGCAUGUCUUCCCAAUCUGAAGAAGGUAAGAUUGUCAUGUUGUUUACUUCCGCAUCAGCAGUCACUGUUGCAGUUCUUUUCCGGUUGCCCAAAAUUGCAGAAGCUGAUUCUGAAUCGAUGCUUUUGGAGGGAUGCAAAUCUUGGUUUUAUUUCUACUCCCAUGCCUGAACCGGUGGACAUUACCCAACUUUCUUCUACUACAUGUCUUCCCGAUCUGAAGGAGUUAGAAUUGUCAUUUUGUCUACUUCCAUAUGGGCAGUCAAUGGUGCAGUUCUUCGGUGAUUGCCCAAAAUUACAGAAGCUAACUCUGAAAGAAUGCCAUUGGGGGUUAGCAAAGUGUCUCUACAUUUCUACUCCCAUGCUCGAAUCCUUGGUCAUUUGUGAUGCUACUUCGAGUAGUGGUUGUAAAGUCGUGAUUUCUGGAGCGAAUAUUAAAUCCUUCUCCUACCACGGUGAUCUCACAACUACUUAUUGUUUAUGUUCAUCCUCGAUAGCUGAUGCAUGUAUACAUGUGAGUUCAAAAGGUAUGAUUGAAAGGGAAGGGAGAGAAAAAGAAGUUGCCCAUCGUCUCCAUAAGCUUAUUAUGGAGUGCUGUAAUGUGAAACACUUGGAGCUAUCACCUGAUACUCUUGAGGCUCUUGCUUAUGCAGAAGAACUAGAUCUUCCAGUGUUUCAGAGAUUGACUCGACUUGACUUGAAGAGGAAGAGUGUGGAUUUAUCUUGCAGAGCACUGAAUAGAUUGCUACAGAAAUUGCCUCAUCUUGACUGUCUUGAUUUCCGAAUGGGUAUCUUCUUGUCUAAGAAACAUAAAAAUUUCGCAUUGGAUCCGUUGCCUCCUUGUUUCUUGACACAACUCAAGAUCAUCAAGAUCCACACAUUCUCUUUAACUGACGAAGAAUUGCAUGCUGUCGGGAUUUUAUUCAGAGUUUCAACAGUUUUGGAGAAGGUGUAUAUUUCAGGUGGCAGGUUGAACCAGAAUAAGAUAUCCAUGCUCGCUAGAGAAUCAAAAUUUGAAAUCAUUUCCAUGUGAACCAUGCACCUGAUUUGAGUUUUGACAGAAAAUCCCAUGUGUUGAGCCAUUAAAACAACUUGUGCUUUUGCUUUUAUUUUUCUGCAGUAGUAUUUUAGGUCAAUGGUAUUGGUAACGGUUCUAGCUGUUCAAUAGGGAUAUUUUGGGUCCGAUUCAGCUACACAUUUUAGUUGCUCUUCAAUUCCCUGCAAAUAUUUUUGGGUCUGAUUCUGCUCCAUGAUUAGAGUAGGUUCUUCGAAAAUUCAUCUGGGACUUUGUUGUAUCUUAAUGUUUUUAUUUAUUCCAUUGAUGCACAAGCUUUUAUUGCU